AUGAAUGCAGAAAAAUCGGAGCCUAUGGAAAUUGCAAGCUGCGUGCGAAACUAUACCAAUGAGUAUAGAAUCCAGCAAAGAACCCUAGGUCGACAAAUAGCACAAGAAACAAAAGAAGGAGGCGGAUUCGUUUUCACAGAAUCCAAGGCCUGUUUUCACUGGGCCUGUCGGUCGGCUUUCGCACAACCCUGGCCUGUUUUCACUGGGCCGUCGAGUUUGGUCGGCUUUCGCACGACCAAGGGCCUGUUUUCACUAGGCCUGUCUGCCAAUUUGAUGGAAUCGUUCACAAAAGUUUCUCGUUCUCAACUGUCAGACAAAUUUUCUCUUACUUCAUCAAGCUCAGAUCAGUUGUCGUGGCAGGGAGUUGGAGUGUGGGUCCCUAACACCGACGCUAAUAAGUCUCUUGUGAAAUAUUUACCCAACAGAAGUUUUAAUUUGAUUACUUCUGUUUUCAUCAAAUGCAACCCAACCAGAAUGUCGGAACUUAAGGCAGCUGAAUUCCAAAUAGGAAUUUUGUCGAAUGUUUAA